AUGGCAUUGAAACAUUUUUUUGGAGAAACUGUACUCAAGCAAGGUAAAGAAGAAAAGAGACAGCAGUGGCGAAAAGUAGCGUUUGGGACUUACGGUGGCUCGAAAGGGCUUUUCAGGGUCAGUACCUCCCACAACAUGGCACCACAGCUGUAUUAGGUAAAGUUGGUAAAGUCGAAAAUUUGUUAAUUAUGAUCAGGGUUACAAUGACCUUGGAGUUGUCAUAGCAACGAAUUGACGCCAUUACCUAUUUUACCGGUACUUGCAGUAGUAUUUCUCGGCACUGGGAACUCUUCUUCCAAUCGUUCACGAAGUUUUUUUCCUCCCCGAUAACCGUCCCGAUGUUAGUGAAGUUUAAGCGGAAUCUUUAAGAGUAUUAUCGAGAUAUUUUGGGAUGAAGUUUUUACGGUUAGAAAUACAAUAAAAGCUGGACAAUCUUGAUGUUCCGCCGUUAUCUGUAGAAAUCGAAGCGAUUUUGAAAUGCAAUUUCGCCUCAUAGUAGUUUCGAUCUGUUUCAAAACGUGCGUGAAAGAUCGUGGAUCCAGAUUAUUGAUAUCUUGGAAGGCAGUAAAACGAGGGCUACAAUUCGCUAUUUUUUGUCGUAAAUUUCGUGUUAACCAAUGGGACAAUCUCUUAUUAUUCAAGGUAUUGUCUCCAAGUUUCAUUUUCACGUGAACAACAGUAACUAUUCAAUUAAACAUAUGACUCUCGGAAAAUGGGGGGGGGGGGGCAACAGAUCAGGUGUAUGGAUAUCAAUAAUCCGGGACUUUUUCAUUUACCUGCUUGGUCGGUCAAACCCUCCAAGCCAAGCGUAUCUUAAGGGUGACAUUUUCUAAGAAAGGAAACUGACGCUUGUUAGAUGAUUUUGCAGCGUCUGGAAAUAGAAGGCUGUUACGAAAAAUUGUUGCGUGACUGUAUGCUAAUUUAAUCUAGAAUAUUCUUGCAUAUUUAACUAGUUUUGCAUUAGCCUGCGUAGCAUGGCGGUUUUGGUUGGGCGCGCUAAGUAAUAAAGGCGGGCGAGGGCAGAGAAACCGCGAGGAGAUUGGGGCGGAAGCAACUUGAAAAACCGCCGCACGGACGGGGGGCUUUUUUGAGUCGGUCCGUACGCCAGCGUACGGAUCGUUCCGAUUGGUUCGGAAUGUUCGCCUGUCAAUCAAAUAUUUUGGUUAUCUCCCAUGGGAGAGUUUCGAGGGACUGAACAAAUCAUCUCCGCAAAACAAAAUCAAAAUAUCAAAGAAGCGUUGACCGGAGCGUCGUCGAUCUUGAAUAUUUGACGGGAAAACAGGGCAAUUGUAUUGAAGCCUAAACAGGAAAUGGCCAUUUACAGUCUUCUUCAAAGGAGAGAUGUCAUGAAAAUUUUGUCAACAAGAUUUGGCAAGAGCAUGAUCUUUACUGUCUUUGCUAUGGCCAAAGAAGAAAUAUCCUCAUCGAAAACCUGUGUGAUCACAAUUUCCCCUCUAAAAAGUACUAUCGACGACCAGAUAUCUGAAAUGUUGUCGCUGAGCUGUAAAGCAAUGGACCUUAUGACAGAAACAGUAAAUUUCAGUGCUUCGAGAAAGUUCACCUCAAUUUUCUCUAUUACUCGGUGUUACAGAAUAACGCACUCCAGCGCAAUACAUCGAACGAUGUCCGCGAUUGUGGUCGAUGAAUGGCAUACAGUAGAAGAAAGACGCACAGCGUAAUUCUCCAUACUUUUUUGCUUGGUGUAGCUUAAGUUUAAGCUACAACUCAAAUCUGAAGAUCGCGCUAUACGUAAAAAUACAUCCUGCAAACAACACUUAAAAAGCCGGGUCCAGCGUCAAAACGUUCACGGACAAAGCAGUGACAAAGAAACUACAAACCAAGGCUCCUUGGUUUGUAGUUGUCCAGAUCCAGGCAUUUUAGUCGGAAAAGACCAAAGAAACUAAAAUAUUUAUUUAACCGUAAUAAAAAGCUUUAGGCUUUAAGAGUGGUCAAAGAAAUUAGUACUUUACAACUGCAUCUGAGAUCAACAAAUUCUAAUUAGCGAAAAUAACAUUAACCACAGGAAAUAAUUACUCAAUACGGAUUAAACAUACCAACUUCAUGACCUCUAAAUAAAUGUAAGACUUAGCGCAGCAAAAUUAAGAUCUACUCAGUCAAGUUUAGAACGCAGUGUAGUCACCUAUGCGCGAGAUAUCCACAAAGAAAAAACCUGUGUUUGUUCAAGCAAACUCCAAUUCCGGCCAAGGUCACGUUUUACACUAUAUCACGAGCCUUUGUGUCGUGUUUAGGCUGUCAACACUUUAUUUCUGAUUGGCUGGGAAAACUGAAACCAAACAAGUAGUCAACAGGAUGUCAAAAUGAGUUGAAGGGGGCGGCAGUUGAAAAGGCCACGAAUCCGGGCAGGCGGUUUUUAUUUUUCUCGCGGCUUCGCCGCUCGUUCUCGCGCGCUUCGCGCGAAUUUCGCGGCUACGCCGCUCCUGCGCCCGGCUCGACAAAACCGCCAUGCUACGCAGGCUAGUUUUGCAUCAUAGUGACUAAGCAGUUUCUCAAGCCGUUUACGUAUGAUGCUGUAAAUAGUUUUAUGUCGUUAUGUUACUUUAUUUAUUUGAGCCGGAAAGUUCUAGAGUCUCACGCUCAUAAGUAUAUAAGCUAAUCGGUUUAGCUUUUAGCGAAGGUUGUUUUUGAGAAGAGAGUACGUGAUUACUGUAGGGUGGCAAAGGUCACGUGUAAAGUUUGGCAGAGGCCGUGUUUACUGAAGUGUGACAGAGGUCGCGUGAAAAUUUGGCAGAGGCCGUGUUUAAUCAAGUGUGACGGAGGUCGAACUGUAAUUUACAAGCCUAGCGUGUGCUUGCUGUGAAGCUUCGUGUGGAAUUUACUACGGUCGUUUGGAAUAAAUAACCUUGUUGCUGUUCCGACACCCCUGCGUUCUGUUUAGACUACGAACUAUCCGCCACUCACAACACGAACUUGUAACAAGGGCCUUUUCAUACAAAGUGGUUCGUACUGAGAUCAGUCAGCUGAUCAGUAGUUCGAGAUUUAGAUAAAAUCUAUUCGACGAUUUACGCAUACAAUUAACAGAAAUAAAAAGAAUCAGGAUAAAGACAUGUUUGAAGGUCUGGCUGUGUAAAAGAAUUAUUCUACUGCAGCCUCGUACCCAGGCCUGUUCGCGCUAUCCGAGUGACCAGAGGAGGCUUUGUACCGAGCGCGAUAGCGAAUUUUUUCCCGACAAGCUUGACAGGUGACGUCACAUCCGAAAUCUCCGGGGACGACUUGGAACGAGGCUGAUUCUACUGUAGCCUUUACCGGGUCUCCUUAGAAACUGCCGGAAGGGAACAGGCCUACAUGCAAUAAUUCUAGUAAUAUGCAUGGUAUAUUAUAUAUUUUAAAUCUUUUUUGUCAAGAAAGAGUAGCAUUUGAAAACAAACCGAGUGCACUGUCGUUUUUCACAGAUCCCAAGAUGGAUGUUAUGAGAACAACGAUUACUGUUCUCUUUAUCAUGUUCCACACGCUGAUAAAAGAACAGCAGGCACUAAACCUUCAAGGUAAUGACUAGCAUACCGUAUUUAUUCGAAUAAGCGCCCAACCUCGAAUUAGCGCCCACUUCGAAUAAGCGCCCAUCCUAAAGGCAAAAAAAGUUAAUACGCGCCCAGCCUCGAAUAAGCGCCCACCCCCUCCCCCUCCCAAUCAAACUCAAAUAAGCACUCACCCCCAUCCCCACCCCCCUUGAGUAAAGAAUAUAUUCUAAUAAGAGACUUCCCGAGGACGGAGUUUUCUUCAGAGUAUUUUACAGAAACCUUGCUUUGUUACUUCUUCGCGUUUCGUUAUUAGCAUUUAUUGUUUUGUUGCAAAAUAAACAUACUUCACUUGCUGAAAAUGGUGAAAAUUUAAUAAGCGCCCACCUCGAAUAAGCGCCCUCUCUCAAGGUCCAAAAAUUUAAUAAGCGCCCAUGGCGGUUAAUCGAAUAAAUACGGUAAUUGUAAAAUAAGUGAGCAAUUUCAAAUUAUAGUUGUACGCACUCCGAUAUUAAUGAAGCCGCCUACAUUGCUUUAUUACGUGUUUGAAGUCAUUUUGUAUGAGAAAAGUGUACUUUGGUGCCCUUGAAAGCCUCUCCCAGGUUUUUCAAGCUCAUUAAAUCGCGCUGCAAACAAAAAGGGGAUGUUUUCCAAGUUUUUCUUGAAAAUGAAGGUUAAAAAUAAUCACUGAAACGCUUUCAGCGAAAGCCUUGGAUAAGAUUUUUCUUUAUUACCGUAAAUGAUCCGCACAGUUGAAUAAACAACCUAAGCGGUUGAAAAAGAACCGAAUCACACUGACCCUGGCCUUUGCCAUGACCGGACGCAACGCUCUGGAGACCAGGCUAUUGUCAGUUCGUAAAAUACCCGAUGGUUGAAAUGACAUGAAUGGAAAUAUAUGAAAAAUAAUAGUCAUUUCACAUAUUUCGAUACAUAAAAGAAGCUGAUAAACAGGAAAGGUGUUCAACGCCGGCAUAAGUUAUCUAGUAUAUCAUUUUUUCCUUUUGAAUAACUCAUUUGUAAUUCUUAUUUCCGAAAAUGAACAGUUAAGCACUGUGUAAACGGACGCAACAUGGUUAGCCAACAACUCCCAAUAUUGUUGAGAGUUGUUGCGUCUGUUUGCACGUAGCUAAAAGUUUGACAGGUUUCAAAUUUUACAAAACAACUCCCAACAACAUGCAAAAGGCUGUGCAAACGGACGCAACAUGUAACAUCCAACAAUGACAUGUUGGGAGUUAUUAGCCAACAAUGUUGCGUCCGUUUGCAGGUAGCUUAAUGACUGCAUUGUUGUUACACUGUUGUGUUGAAAUAAGCCGGUUUUACGGAGAUCUUUGUUAGCGAUCAAGGAUUUUGUCUUGGAUUGUCUUCUGUGUUAUUUUAAGGACAAUUGUCUAUUAAAUGAGUUUAACAUUCUCAUUAAACUGGAGAAAGUACAAAUUCCUAUCCUUCUUUUUUACUACGUUUUUGCAGAUUACUCCAACUAUAUAAACGAAAAAAAGAAAGAGAUAAAUGAGAAGCUGGAAGGAGUCAGGAAAUUAAACGAAGAAGUUGUUGAAUACAUUGAAGCCAGUUGCCAAGGUAGGGAGAAGGACAUUCUCAGAGUACCAGGAGUAGUGGGGUAGGCACCGGUUACUCCGUUUUUUUGCGGGGGAAUCUCAGUAACUUCCUGGGGAAUAUAUUAACGCCGAUGACGUCAUAACCUUUUGUCUUUAUCUCGUGAAAAAAAAUGCGCAGGAAUCUCAUUAAGAUAAGGUCGUGCGCUAUUUUUAGUUGGUUUAACCGGUUCUACAGGUUUUAAGUUCCUUUUCGGUCGGUAAAUGCCUUGGUUUUCGAUUGGUUGAUUAGAAAAUAUGAAACGUUUUCAUUGGUUAAUUCAUGGUGUCUGAGGAGUAAACUCAAACUUGCCGGUGACUUCAAAUCACUGAGUCGUGACGUAAUUAUGCAACUUCUAUUUCCUGCUGCUGUGAUUGUCCUAGUUCCGGUUCAAUGAUUCUUGGCGCGUUUACUUGAUGAUGAUUCGCGUGGACAAGAAAUCGAGUAAAUCUUACGCAAAUCCAGCAAAUUUUGCCAUCUUCUAGUUCUGCAGCCAGCUAGAGCUAGCCGGGUCAACCUGUCGAGUCCAAAAAAUAUAGUGAGAGACUGUUUACUCGAUGUUUACAUUGCUGAGAACGCCGAAUGAAUAGCAGAAGAAUUUUCCUUGGUUUUAGGCCAACAAUUUAACCACAACAUCGGAAAUUACCAAAUAAUUCUUACCCAAACGCGAACUUUCGAGUAUUAGAAUCUCGCGUUUUAUCUUGAACUUCAAAAGUGGUGUUCUGGCGUCGGCGACCAUUCUCGAUCCCAGUGCUUGCGGGUUUGGGAAUGUGCGCGUAAGCUCUGGGAAACUCUGUGCCGGCGUAGCCAAAAUCUGGCUAUCUGGGCCUCACAGCGCAUGCUCUUUCAUCCAACCAAAACUUUUUGCUGCUUUUAUAUCAACUUCAUCGCGAAAGUCUUUUGCUGCUUCGGUAUUAGAACUGACUAAAUUCAGUUAACGGGGCACUUGAAGAAUUUUCAGGUAUCCGAGGCUCUUGGGGUAGCUGCUGAGAAAAUGCCGUUAAACGUUCCCAAUCACAGAUUUGAGACUUGAAGUUUGCAUGUGCAUGACAGUUGAUUGAGUAUUUGUGUGGACUACUUCACGAGGCGGUAAAUGAAACCCGAAUGGCUUGUUAAGAUAAAAGUAUCGAAAUUCCAAUAAAACUUUCCAAAAUAUGAAUUUAGCGUCUAUUUAUGUAUGUUUGUUCAUGAAUAUUAACACUUGAGCGAAGCUGCUUUGAAAUGCGAUAUCGUGGGAGAAGAAGACAGCUAUAAAUAUGUAGGCGCAUUGUACACGCAUCACUUUAGCGGAACGAUUUACUUUUUCUGUUUUUCUUUUUUUUUUCUUCUUGCAAGUCUGUUUGUGAGCAAUUUACGACAUGAAGCUCAAGUUUCAUUCAUACUCGACUACUUCGUGUGAAUAAGAUAACGUGGAAGUCAAAGAAAAAUCAGUGAUGUGUCAUGCUUCUUAAAUUGUAGCUGGCAAAGAUGACGGUGUAUUUUUAUUAUUUUUUUUUUACAUUCAAAUCUUUUUCUGGAUCAACUCUCAAUAUUUUGCUAAGCUAUUUUAUUUGAAAAUUGGAAAAUCCAGUAAUUCUGCCUAAUCAGUCAAACAAAUGUUGUCUUGGAAUCGCUGAAAUCAAGAAUCGGCCGGAGUAGCCCAUCGGCCGGUCUUGUUUACUUCAACGUUCACACGCCAGACACCUCCCCACUAACGGCUGCUAAAAACCGAACUACAUUCCUUUCCCUUUGUAUUUGUGGUCUAACGAACAAAACAAUCAUGUACAAGAAAUUUGACAAUACGUGAGCCGCACGGCACUAGGCAGCGAGCACGCUUCUCAGUUUUCGACAAAUAAAUCAAUCGUCGCUGAAUUUAGACGGGCUCUGUGUUUUGAAGGAACGAAAAGGUUAAUUUGCAAAAAAGUUUAUUUUAAGCGGCACAUCCAUGUUGUGAAUCGCAAGUUGCUCGACUUUCUUGUUGUUGCUGCUUAUCUCCUAAAUUUUGAAUAGGACUCGACUACGACAACACUGUAGUUAAUUGCUUGUUUUCACGCGACGAUUUUGAUUAUUCUGUCAUUCACACAUGGGGCAACGAUAAAAGCAAAACUGUGAUUGGAGGACUCACAGUACCGUAAAGGUGGCGCGAACACUUUCCAGAAAAUGGAAGCUGAAUUGUAAUUGGCUAAUUACGGGAAAGGAAUGUAGUUCGGUUUUCAGCAGCCGUUAGUGGGGAGGAGCGUUGCGUGACGACACUAAAAACGGCUGUGUAGCAGACUAUAAGCUCUCUAAUAGAGAAAUAAAACACACGUAAACAUAGUUAAUAAGGUGGAAUGGUUUCGAGGCCUGAUCGUUUUCACUAAUAAAAACAUCGCGUUAUUUUAUUCAGUCACGAUUUGUGAACAAAAAACAAACAAUUGUGCAUCGUCGGGGAAGUCAGUCUUAACAUAAACUACGGCAUUGUUGUUUUUAUCUUUAAAGUUUGCCGGCUUUCAAAACCAGCAGUCUCCUCUACUAACUAUGACGUAAAGAAAAAAAAAGAGAAAAAGGGAAAAAAGGGCUGCUACAAGGACUGUCACGCAACGCACGCAGAACGGAGGCACGUUUUCUGGGAGCGGAACAUACUAAUUAUAAUUACGGUGGCUCGAGUGGAUUUUUCAGGGCGAAUACCUCUCCAGUUUGGGCAACUAGGUAUUCAUCAACAAAGAUAUAGGAAAACGAAAACAACAGCUUUUACAGGCAAUUAAAGAUUAAAAAUUGUUUUGAGCUGUGUUAUGCUGACAUAGGAGUUGUCAUAGCAAUGAAAUGAAUCUAUUAUCUAUACUACUUAAAGCGAUAUUUCUCGGCACUGGCGGUUUUUUCCAGAAUCGUAUCAAAUUUUCUGGACAAAAACAGCGUGUGUUUCAAAUAUACCGUAAAAUUCCGAAAAUAAGCCCCUCCAUGUAUAAGCCCCUCCAAAUAUAAGCCCCCAAACCGGUAACGCAAAAACCCUCCGUUAAAUCGCCCCUCAAAUAUAAGGCCCCCGGGGGCUUGUACUUGGAAAAUUGCCCUCAAAUACAAAGUAAAACAAAGCAAAAACGGUAAAUUUAUUCCAAAUAUAAGGCUAGCCCAAUCGAUUUUGAAACGAAAAUUUCCCUCCGUAGAUAAGCCCCUCCGAAUAUAAGCCCCUCCAAAAAUAAGCCCCUCAAAAAGGGCCUUUGAAAAAUAUAAGCCCCGGGGCUUAUUUUCGGAAUUUUACGGUAUUUUAUUAGUUACCGCAGUUCACGUAAAAAUGGAACUUGGAGACGAUACGUCUGAAUUAUGAGUCAGAGGUUCUCACUUAAAAACAAACUGACAAACAAUAAGCGUAGUGGAGCCCUUCUUUAGUUGCCUUACAAGUUUUAAAUGAUCUUAAAACUUUAAGGUCAUAUAAAACAGCAGUUAAUCUCGAGCUGAUAUUCAAUUUUUAAAGAAAUCUAUUCAACGGUUUCCAAUUUGCUUAUUUGUUAAAGUAGACCAAAACAUUUUCAAAAAACGCUAAGAAGAACACUUCAAUCACAUGCAAAUUAAGUCCCUCUUUCUAUCAAUCGACUACAUCUAUCCCCAUGAUCUUCUCACACACGUUUUUAAAAGAAUGAAAUUAUACUGAAAGCGUUUGGUUUUCUAUAGAUAACGGCCGAACAUCAAUAUUGUCCAGUUUUAAAUGGAUUUCUAACCAUAAAAACUUCACCCAAGAUAUCUCGAGAACGCUCUCAAAGAUCUUGCACAAACUUCACAAAAAUUAAGGCAGCUAUUGGACGAACAAGCUCCCGUGAACGGUUUUGAAAAAAAAAACCAAGCGCUGGGAAAUACAGCUGCAAAUGAAAUAAUUAAUGACGUCGUUUUGUUCCUAUGACAGCAAAUUUUCAACUUUAUAAAUGUUUGUGUCUGCCCUUGAGGUGUGCAUUAGUUCGCAUUAAAGCAUGAAAAUGCGCACGUCGAACAAUUUGUAACCUGGACAUUCAUUGUUUUGUUUAACAUAGCCAUGACAUGCAACUUCGAUGAAUCAAUGUGUGACUUCGAGCAAGACAAAAGUGGCAAGUUUAUCUGGACUCGACGCAAGGGACGUGGACCGUCUGCCUAUACAGGAUUUUUUGAUCACACAACUGGAAGCACAACAGGUGAACCGUAUACUUAAUUACUAAUACCACUGUCAAAAUCCGCCAAUUGCAAUACAAUAAGUUAAGGCUCUAUUCACACUGGAGAAAAAGCCGUUUAUUUAAAAAAUUUUUCUAUUCUCACCAACGCUUAACAAAUGAAGAUGGUUUGUCGCGAUUCAAAAAAAGAAAUUGGACAAAACCGACUCAAUAAUCAAAAAUUUGUUUUUCUUGCUAAUUACGUUGUUGUUUCAUUAGUUUUUACUUAAAAAGAAGCGACUUUUUAAAACAUUUAGCUAUAAAAAGUUGCGAAAAAACCUCUUUGAAAAAUAUUUAAGAAAAUUUUAGAAGUUAAAAAAUAUAAGACGUUUCAACGUUCUCGGACGUCAUUAUCAAGUAUUCAAAAACUCAUCUUUUAAAUGAGCUCCUGAAGUGUCUACUAUCGAGGCUACCUUUGUGAGGGAGCUUCAAGCCAUCGAGUGUUAGCUUCGAUUAAAUAGUUUAUUUAUCAACGUAACUAAGAAAGAGGCAAUGCUUUUUGGGACAUCGCAGACGCUUGCUAAGGUAGAUCAGUUUUCAGUCAGUGUCAAUGGGUCGGCUAUAAAGCGUGUUAGUUAGUUUAAGUACCUGGGUGUCAUCUUUGAUGAACACCUCAGUUGGAACGAACAUGUUAAAGCAAUUGUAUCUAAAGCUGGCAGGCAGGUCGGUCUGUUAGGACGUGUUCGCCGUUAUAUCACAACACAUAGUGCUAAUGCCAUUUUUUGAUCUAUGAUUAGACCUACUUCUUCUUCUUCUGUUCUGUGCUGGGGUCUGGGGUGCUGUGGGGAAGUAAAUAGUGGAACUCUAGAAACUCUGUAGAAGCGCGUUGAAAGAAUUGUAAUUAAAACAUCUAGUAGUGACACUGCGAUAAAAGCUUUGAAGUGGCCAAGUACUAGGUCCAGGCGCGAUGAACACAUCCUAAAACGUGUAAGGAAAUGUGUACAUGGCCGGUUCCCACAAUAUUUUAAGAAGUACUUUGUUUUUAACAAAGACAUUUGUGCUCGUUCAACCCGCCAGAGCAAUCUCUUGCAUCUGGCUGCUAUAAGAACAGAAGUGGCCAAGAGAUCCUUUACUACCAUGGAAGUAUGGUUUUUAAUAGUUAUUGUAAAUGUCCUUAAUCUUAAGAGAUCUUGUUAUUAGUUCAUUUGUUAUAUUACCUUGUAUAUAUUUUAUUUUUAUUACUAUUAUUAUUAUUAUUAUUAUUAUUAUUAGAACCCCGAGAAGGAGGAACUUAGAUGUUAAGGACAGGGAUCUAGAAAUAGAGAAGGAUCAAGCAGGACUUCCCUAGACUCAACAGCUAUAGAUGCUUUAUUAAUUGUCUAUAUUUCAUUUUUUUUUUUUUUUUUUUUUUUAAACAUUUGAAGAAAAUCUUUAUAUUUUGACAGCUUACGUUUUUUUUUAUUUACAUAAAAUUUUUUUUAUCGAAAUAACUUUUGUUNUUUUCAUUGUAAAAAACAAAAAAUAUUAUUAUUAUUAUUAUUAUUAUUAUUAUUAUUAUUAUUAUUAUUAUUAUUAUAGUCUAGUUAGUGAAGUCAGGGUUCCUAUUGAUAGCAGGUAUGCUUUGUAAGCUCCCUGAAUGGACUACCCUGGGCAAUUUAACUUUUUGAUUUUAAAUAAAGGCGUCUAUCUAUCUAUCUAAAUAAUUCAUAAGCUCAUCGACCUAUCAUAUGGUCGAUAAUACAUCACGUACAGAGACUUAAUAUCGAUAAAACCUCCCCAUAUUAGUAUAUAGUAGGUGUUUUAUCAGAUAUAUCUAAUGUCACUGCACGUGACUGAGGAAUAUUAACUAUCAGCACAGCAACUGACACAACAAGGUGUGAAUGAAUAUUUAAUGCUCUUUCAAAAUAACACACGCAGUAAAUUUAUUAUUGCACAAAAUUAAUAUUUCACCAAUUUAAUCAGCCAAAAGUUUAGUGACUCAGCGGUAAUAUUGGCUAUAGCAGGCAGCGUCCAAGCUCUGCAUUCAAGACCUGCCAGUUGUAAAUAUGCAAGGCUCGUGUGCUGGAUUUUUGUUUACCUUCCAUUCGGCCAUUCCAGAAAAUUUUUUUCAAAGACUACUUUUUCACUGCACUUGUUGACUUUGGGUACCAUUUUCGACUCACUUCCUCUCUUCCUCAGCGCAUUUUUAGGUUUCCAAAAAGCUCUGGAACAGACGCCAUGUCUUCCUCUGUUAGUGUCGUUCGUAGAUUGGAAAAUUUCUAAACACGUGUGAGAUUUGAUUUUCUUGAAUAAUAAUUUCAUACGCAAUAUUUUUUUUUUCUUAUGCUAAUUUCCAACGUUCAUUGUUAUCAACUCCAUUGAACCGUUUUUAUAUCAUGAGCCGAAGGCGAGUGAUGUUAAACCCGAUAAAACACUGCUGCUCGUUUAUUAAACAUUACAAAACAUACAGUAUGAAUGUUUUAUAAAUACAAGAAAAACAAUAGUUCAUUAAAAAGAAAAAUAACAUGAAAAUAUGUUACAAAAAUCUUAUUCAUCAAAGAACUAAGGCCUAGCCUUAAUACUCAGAGUGACUCCAUCGGUGCUAAACUCUUUGUCUAACUUGUAACAUAUUUUAUGUAACUUUUCUUUUUAAAGAACUAUAAUUGUAUGUAUAUCAUACUGUUGAUAAUGACGUUCGAGAACGUCGAAACGUCGUAUAUUAUUUAACUGUUUCAAAAAUUUCUAAAUGUUUUUAAGAAAAGCUUUUUUUGGUUUUAUUUAAUAUCAUCGCGGAUCUAAAGUACAGGUCACAUUCUACAGGUCAAGGAGUACAGCUUACUGGUCCAUCGAUAAAUUACCAAACCACACACAUUCCCCUCGAUCUAAUAGAGCAUUUUGUCACUAAGAGAUUAGGGCUAGGAGACACUUUUAAUGCUAUUAAUUUAUCUGUAUCAUGGCGACCUGUACUCUGACCUGUGGAAAAGUGACAGCCGUAAAAUGUCUAAAAUUAGCCCAACUCAAAUAUUGUUUCAGUUUUCUCCGUGCUUUCAUUCUUUAUCUCUCUACAGGUUCUUACAUGUACAUAGACACGUCUAGUCUAGGGCAGUGCGACGAAAACGUAAAAUUGUCUAGUUCCCCUCUGAAAUUCCUCAGGAACAUGUGUCUGAAAUUCUAUUACCGCCUGCAUGGUGCAAAUGCUGGAAGUCUAAACGUCACCGUAGCUGGAAAAUUACUGUUUUCUUCAACUGACCUGUACGUGGAAAACAUGUGGCUUGAAGCUGGUAUAAAUACAUCAUCUAUUACGGGAUCGUUGAUGGGAACGCAUAGGGUAAACGUUUUGUCAAAAUAUCGAUUUCUCUCUCUUCAGUUGAUAAGUUUUAGUUGAUUUCACUUGAUUUUUCCGUACUUUAUAACACCAGUUGCUCUCAAAAUUAUACAGCAUAGACUCUAUGGCAUGAUUACAACUUUAAUCUUAUCUCUUUGACAGGUAACAUUUGAAGCCUCCCCUGGAAAAGACUGCUUGGGUGGCAUAGCAAUUGACGACUUCUCCUUUACAGCUGGGUCUUGUCCUUUAAGUAAGUAAAUUGACUAAAAGGGGCUUUGUUGAAAGACUAACAUAGCAUUUCCAAAGAUGAAAACAUUUUUGAAAUGUUUCAGUUUAGUUUCUUGUAGUGAGGAGUCCUUGAUAAUUGCACUGAAACUAUUGCGGUAUCUUACGUCCUCGAUGCAAUACCAUCAAUUAAUUUGCUUGUUUUUAACACGAUCUUUAAAAUCAAAAUUCACUUAGAAAAAGCAUUCCAUCAAUCAAGUGCUGUGUGAAAGGGAGUCUGAAAUGGCGCAUCCGCACGUACAAUUUUCGAAAAUAUUUGCCUUCCUUUUUUCUCCAUAGAUUAAAUCCCGAGUUCACAAAACAGUGAUAGAGCGGCCUCGUUUUCCUGUGUAGACUCUGUAGUGGUAACAUAGCCUGGGUAGCAGGGGUUAAGGUGGGGGGGAGGAUAAGAAAGAGAAGGGAAACGCCUGCUACAAAAGCCGCGUCAUUUCGCCCCUUAUUUCAAUUAUCCCAGCUGUCACUUCAACGACCAAUCACAAUUACGCGCGCGCUUUUCUGCGUGACUGACUUCACGCGGGAAUGUAUCGCCGAAGGCGGUUUCGUAGCUGUAGAGAAAAUGAGAAAUGGGAAAAUCUUCGCAACAGAACGUCGGCGCCGCCACUCCCACAAAAAUUUGUAACAGGGGACGGAAACCCAAUGUAAACGUUCAAAAAAACAAACAGCAGUUGUAGAUUUUGUGGAGUUAACUUUACUUCUGGGGGAGGACGAGCCUCAUUUGAAAAUUUAUUUUCGCCGUCGGGAAGAGUUGAAAGUGUUGGGCUGAUUUUCGCUCAUUGUUGCGGCUCUAUUGGUUUGCGAUUAACCAGAAACGAAAAGUUGUCAGAACGGGUCUGCAGACCUUGUGGUCGCAAAAUUAGAAACGCAGCUGAACCGCACAGUUUCAUCGAGAAAGCUGUAAGCAACACUAAUGUCGAGGAAGAUUUACAUUGAGAGGCUGUAGAAGAUCGAAGCAAAAGACAGCUUCCCACCACUAUCACGCCAGAAGGAAGCGAUGUAAAAAAGAGACUUGAGAGGGUUCAGCCGAUUUCACUUGCGUGAAAGGAUCCACGAUCCAGAUAGUGUUUUGCGAAUUGCUUCAAAUGAUUAACUUUUUGGAUUUUGAUUAAAAAUUUUCAAGAAACGGCUACUCUACCUAUUGUUUUGAGUUUGUUCAUUCAUAAAAUUAGCUCAAAACACGAUUGUGACUACAACAUCCAAGCUGAAUUUAAGCUUAAUGCUUCUCACAUUCAUUACACGCAUCACUUUUUGCGAAGAUGUCAGGUUCAGGUUUUGGACGCUUUUCGAUACGCAGCUAAUGAAUUUUAUUACAAAAUAUCUUUUACUGUUUAUUCUAGACUUUUAACAUAAGAAUUUUAGAGGCCUAUUUGCAGUAUAUGUUUACUGUCAGAGGGUCAACGAGGCAUCGUUUUUUGAAGUGACAACUUCAAGAAGUCGCGAGGACAUCAAUGAGUUUCAUAAUAUUACGUUUGGCCGAGGUGGUAAGCCAAUAAUAUCCUGCUCAGUAUAAUUUCGGUAAGAUUCCUAGUUUCAACCUUUGAAAAGCUUUCUCGGCUUUCGGGAGUUUUUCUCCCGUUUGUCGGCCAUUUUUUUAAGCGGGCGCGGGAACGUGAAGUAAAAUUACGUCACGUUGUUUACUAAGUUUGAUUGGUCAGUUAUCUCUUCUUCUCGUUCCAAAUAUGGUACUUUUCGAAAAUGAAUAAUCACGAGCAUCGGACAAAGCAAACAUAUGAGAGUUACACGUUGGUUGUUUCUGUAGGUACCGGAGCACAGUAUACGUCAUCACGUUCAAAUAAAUUACUUCGGUUGGGGCUCGUGUGCACCUGUGGACUCUGUGUACACUGUGGACUUGUGGUCCUGUGGACCGUGGGACCUGUGGACUCUGUGGGCUCGGUGGCCUCUGUGGCCCGGUGGCCUCUGUGGCCCUGUGCACCUGUGGACCUGUGGACUCCGUGGACCUGUGGCCUCUGUGGACCUGUGGACCUGUGGACCUGUGGACUUUGUGGACCUGUGGACUCCGUGGACCAGUGGACUCUGUGUAAUCUGUGGGACUGUGGACUCCGUGGACCUGUGGACCUGUGGACUCUGUGGACUCUGUGGACUCUGUGGACUCCGUGGACCUGUGGACUCUGUGGACUCUGUGGACCUUUGGACUUGAGGCAACGGACUGACCCACGGACUUAAUUGUUGCUUAGUUUCUUAUUUUGUUUGGUUAAUUGCCUUUUGAAACUAUUUCUGUAAUUCCUCCAUUUGGAAAUAAUUUGAGCAAAUUAUGUAUUGAGACCGAAGUAAUUUAUUCGAGCGUGAUGACGUAUACUGUGCUCCGGUACCUGCAGAAAGAACCUACACGUUUCAACCCCUUAUGAGUUUCUGAUAUUACACACUUAAUGCCAGUUGGUUUUGUUUGCCCAGGGGAAAACAAAACUAACUGGUUUCCUGAGGGACCUGACAUUGAGUGUUUUGUUCUAUUUCUAAACUUUCACUUCAACAGCAACAAAAGAAUAACCGGAGCGAACAAAACAAUCGACUCGGUACUUAUAGAAACACAAAUUUAAUUUUCAAAACCACUGUUUAUGUCGUUGUGUUCAUUCACGAAAAAGAAAACUGGCAGUGUUUUUCCCGCCUUCUGUCACACCACUUUCACCAUGGUUUGAUCACGUGCUUUAAUGUAGUCCGACCGGGGUACAUUGCUUAAUAUAUCACGAUCGGGACACGUUUCAUUUUAGUCAAGGCACGUGACCAAGAAUCAACCAAUGGCAGUCCCUGUUUAGUUGAGUAAAAGUCUAGGAAUAUAACAAAUGAUUUGAUUUGAUAAGUGGCAACAGCAACGAAAAUAAGACAGAAAAAUGUGUUAUCUAGAAUUAGCCGUUGAAGCUUUUUCCAGCAAAACGACUGAACCAUUGUCCAUGAAUUUCCUAGAAGUACUGUAGCAGUUGCUCGCAUGGUGUACAAUACAAUAGCUUUCAUGAGUCUCCUCUUUGGUGGAAGAAAACAGUAACACACCAUUGUUUAUUUGCCAUUGCUUUACGGCUAGGGUAGCAAACCAGUUUUGUUUUAGGGUCCUUAUAGCUGCUACAAAGUCUAUGAACUGGGGAAACAUCUUAAACAAGGUCUUGAGGUUCGUUGUCAGCGUCUACCAGAGGAGACAGUUUUUUCUAAGCUGGUCAGAUAAAUGGGCUGUGAACGAGCGCUGUGGCUGCCAACCUGGUCGGAUCCAUGCACAGGUAACCCAGGCUCUGUCAUAGUACCACAGUACGGUUCCAGUAAAAUUACAGUGUUUGUAUGGGGUAAAAAUACCAUCCUAAAAUUUCUAGGAAAUACUAAAUAAAGAUCAAUGAAACUUACUCUGCAGUUAUUUGUUGUAGUCCUUAUUGCUACAACGAAGUUUAGUGAUAAUUUGCAGUAAUUUGUUCAAAUUCACUCUAUAUACAAUAAUAAUAUACAAGGUAGGAAACACGAGAUGCCAUUUUCCCGACAUGCUCUCAUUCAACACAACUUUUUUCACGAAAUUCGAGCUCCAACGGAAAAUAAACAUGCCAGGAUCGUAGAAAUAGGAUAGCAGCAGAUAUAGAAACCCAUGAAGCUUUCCCAGAUAGAGAAACGAAUCCCACAGACUUUGACAAACUCGAAGGAUAUAAUCCAAACAGACCGAGAAUAUGCUCGCCGAAGCAGCCGGGCCAGAUCAACGCGCGGCCAAGAAAAUGAGGCCUGGGCACUGUACAAAAAAAUUCCAUCUCGGGAGUCCUGGGGUGACCUUUCUGGGGACCGAUACAUCAUUUGCCCAAAGCCACCCUCCCCUGCUGGAAAAAUACUUGAUAGAAGGCAAUUGUUCUUCCUAGCCAAUCACAAUUCGCCAGAGCAAACCCCGCACACGCGCCUAAAUUUAAAUAGCCAAAAAGAAUAAAUAAAACCAGGAUAGUCUGCCGAGUUACAAGGCGCCCCAUUUCUUUUACUAAGGAAUGCAAAUACCAGUAAUGAAACUAAAGAAAUAACAACGCCAAAUACUUACAAGGCGGAGACUUUCAGCUGGGAAAUCCGAACAGAUGAAAAAUUUUUAGGGGAUAAAAUAUGCCUAUAUCAACCGUUUAAAUACUAAAAUAUAUUUAAUAACGCUAUGUUUAAGUGGUUUUGAACUAUAUUUUCGUUGGGUGCCCCUGUGUUGCUGUGAACUCUCGAGCGAAACUAUCGUAAAUAAACGGUGAAGCUUACAAAAUAAUGUCAAAAUUAUACAGAAAAUUGCGACAGAAUAUGAAUUGAGAUAACUGAGACGAAUGUGAAAGGCAUGUGCGCCAGUAAACAAAGAACUAGCGCGAUUAACAUGUUUAGCGAUUAAUGCGGCCGUAACACGCCGAUUUCUUGUCAAUACAACUGAACGUUCUAUCAGUUAAAUAUGUGAACCAUCGUGACACCUCUCUUUGAAUUUGGUCUUGUUGUACAAAUGCCGCAGUAAGAGCCAAAAUUCACUUAUAUCUUUUGCUCGUUUUAAGUUUUGUAAAUCCUCCUGAAUCCUCCUUCGUUGUUAUUUCUUUUGCACUUAUAACCUUGCCCCAUUGAUGUUUGAUAGACUUUCUGAGGACCGACGCCAGGUGCUGAAUAUAGUUCGAGAGGGACAUAACAUCUUUAUAACAGGCCAGGGUGGUACGGCUAGGAAGAACAAUUGCCUUCUAUCAAGUAUUUUUUUCAGCAGGGGAGGGUGGCUUUAGGCAAAUGAUGUAUCGGUCCCCAGAAAGGUCACUCCAGGACUCCCGGGAUGGAAUUUUUUUAUACAGUGCCCAGGCCUCAUUUUCUUGGCCGCGUGUUGAUCUGGCCCGGCUGCUUCGGCGAGCAUAUUCUCGGUCUGUUUGGAUUAUAUCCUUCGAGUUUGUCAAAGUCUGUGGGAUUCGUUUCUCUAUCUGGGAAAGCUUCAUGGGUUUCUAUAUCUGCUGCUAUCCUAUUUCUACGAUCCUGGCAUGUUUAUUUUCCGUUGGAGCUCGAAUUUCGUGAAAAAAGUUGUGUUGAAUGAGAGCAUGUCGGCGAAAAUGGCAUCUCGUGUUUCCUACCUUGUAUAUUAUUAUUGUAUAUAGAGUGAAUUUGAACAAAUUACUGCAAAUUAUCACGAAACUUCGUUGUAGCAAUAAGGACAACAACAAUUAACUGCAGAGUAAGUUUCAUUGAUCUAAUUAGUAUUUCCUAGAAAUUUUAGGAUGGUAUUUUUACCCCAUACAAACACUGUAAUUUUACUGGAACCGUACUGUGGUACUAUGACAGAGCCUGGGUUACCUGUGAUCUAUGUAGGCAUCAUAUCUGCCUAAUUGAACGUAGCAUGCGUUUGUUGACCAUAAUAUAAUUUAUGUAAUGUUAAUGACCUGUUUGAAGACAAUGGACCUCUUUCAUCUACGUCCUUGUCAAAAUAUCCCCCGGUUAUGAUGUUUAAAACUUGACAAACUAAAUACUCAAUGUGCAAAUGUGUUUUUACUUACGGUUAUUUAAAAACACUGUAAUUUACACAGAAAGGUCCGUUCUACAGGUUUGCCAUGUGACAGUAACGCUCCCAUCGGAAUUUCCGACCCAUCAAUAAUUUCUGAUGGUCAGAUGAACGCCUCUUCCCAACAUGAUUCACCUCGUUACAAACCCUACUACGGUAGACUCCACGACAAAAGAGGCGAUGGUUGGUGCCCUAGUCCAACUGCCGAGGGUAACGACUGGCUAAAGAUUGAUCUUCGAGACACGUUUGUAGUAUGUGCUGUCGCCACACAGGGGAAUAAAGAUGGCAAAGCAUGGACAGCCUUUAAGCUGUCCUAUUCGUCUGAUGGAAAGAAUUGGAAAUUUUACAAGUAUGGCGAUUGUACUGAAAAGGUAAGUUAUUGUUUGCGCUUGCACACUCAUUCCCUGCGAAGCCCCUCACUUCUUGCGUCACGCGUGGCACGCAUGAGUGUAUUUAUUUUCUUGGUAGUCGCAGUUACCUAUUAUAACAAAUCGUAAACAGCCAACAUGAGUUGCACUGAUUAGAAUCGGUUAAUUCAUCGUCGGUGAAAUAAAGUUUACUGUUGGCGAAUCGCAACCUUUUUCUCUUGCAAAUAACAGCGAACUACAAACAUAACAACGCUGGAUUCAAUAAGCUGCUUGAAAUCCUCGCCCCUGAAACUCCGCUGGAACGAGAACGGUCACUUAAAAUUCAGCGAGCAAGGGGAAUGCGAGAUACGUAUUUCUAGUUAAUAUAGAAAAAAAUCUUUCAUAAUACGUUACGGUUCAGUGAUUUUAGGUAGCAUGCAAGUUGACGCUGAUUACUUCUACAAAAUAAGUCAGCCAAUGAACACGUUUGAAAUUUCAGUCAGCCAAUCAAAACUUACAUCUUCGACCUAAAAAAUAACUAAAAACGUGUCAGACCGGUUGAACUAGGCACGACGUAGAGAUAGAACAUGACUAACCGUUACUCGCACUGGUACCGGCGACCCUCCGCGUAAGGUCAGAGGCUACCCACAUAACACAUCACGGCAGCAACAUCAACAGGGAAUGGGCUGCCAAAGAGCAUGCAACACAACAGCCGAUCCAUCAUCGGUGUCACCGCGGACCGCGGAGGGAACAGACUCAGGCAUAAAUAGUGAGGAUCAAAGUCCACAGACCAUUAAUGAUAAAUUAACCAACAUUCAUCGUGCUUCAGUAACCCCGAAAUCAUCACCUGAUGAAGCGGUCGAAACGUCGCGAUCAACAACAAAGCGACUAUCACGAUACGAACGAUAAUUACAUGUGUGUAUAGGAUAUUAGCUGUCUCAGUGCGGAUACAAAGUUGUCAGACAUAAAUCUUGUCCCAGCCUGAUCUUGUCCGUUCUUUUUAAGUCUGGACGCCGAUUGUUUAAAGUUGAAAUUUGACGGUCUACGGUGACGUACUCUCCCCAGGACUCCGCAUCCACGUCCUCCGUAGUAGAGGUUGCCGUAGCGGUUUGCUUAAAGUCCCUAAUAUUUGUAUGCUAGUGCAGAAAAGCUCCAAGACGCCAAGCAAAUACAAGACUAAGAACACUUUACCUGUAAUGCUUACGGUUUAGAAUCUUACACCUGAUUGACGUUUUCCUCGAAGACAUGACAUUCAAGAAUUACAGUCAACUCUUUCUACACGACGGUCAUUGUAGGGACCGGCACUAAGUUUGCGUCUUAGGCCGAUCUAGGCAGGUGACCGUCAUAUGGUAGGAGCCCAUAACCCGGAGCGAGCAACUCCCAUACUAGGCCUAUGUCACGGCGUUUUUACGGACCAGUUUAUUUUUAGACACAUUUUAGGAUACUUUUUCCCGCGAAAAUAGAAUUUCCACCAAGUCUAUGAGCGCAUUCGAAGUGUAAGAUAUCAAAAAGGCAAACUAAAUGCUAUUAAAAAGGAAAAAAUAUCAUUUUUAGGUCUGUAGGUUUGUGGAAUUCAAACGAUACUCAAAUUUCGCGCCAAAGCGUUCGAAAAAUAAAGAACCUCCCAAACUGAAAUUAUUUUUAGAACGCUUUGCGCGAAUUUUGAAUAUCUUUUAAAUUCCACAAACCUUCAGACCUUUGAUAUCUUAUACUUCGAAUGCGCUCAUAGACAUGGUGGAAAUUCUAUUUUCGCGGAAAAAGUGUCCUAAAAUGCGUCUAAAAAUAAACUGGUCCGUCAAAACGCCGUGACACGAACUCAUGGAAGUUGCUCGCUCCGGGUUAUGGGCUCCUGCAUAUGGAAAAUCUAAUCAGGAAAGGAACGAGAAACGGGCUUUUCGUUGCAUGGAGGUAACCGUCUUAUGGAGGUGUCUGUCCGUCUGUCCGGAGAGAGUUAACGGCAUUUCUAGUGUUUUCGACAAGGCUAGGCCAUGUCGGAUCGACAGUAAUCGCAAUUACAUCAAAUAGGUGUUAGACUAUUAUUAUCAUUGCACUUUUCAAUAACCCCCAUAUUAAAUAAAAUAAUUAUCGUGAUUGUUUUUAAAGGAAUUUCAAAGGAAAGGUCGCAGCGAUGAUGUUGACAAAUACAUUUUGCCAGUGCAAAUUCAUGCAAGAUUUAUCCGUUUCCAUCCUACAAAUCGUCAUAACCGGAGCUGCCUCAGGGUAGAAGUGUUUGGGACAAGAGGUAUGUUAUGAUUUUUUUGUUGUUAAUUUCAAUUUGGCGAGUUUCUGCUUCUGCGAACUGCUAAGAGUUCAACUCUGUUAUGGUUUAUUAAUUAAGGCUUGGUGUGUUUACUGGCAAUUUUUGUGAUACGUGGGAGCAUAUUUGAAGGAUAAAGGUACGGUCAACUCUCUCGUAACAGAAAUCACCAUCAAACAGACACUUUUGCAGUUUCUUUUUCUCUGUCGUUCCUCAAUUCCUUUAAAACUGUGACACUUAGUCCCAGUUUCGACGGUGUCCAUAUUGAACAGAAAUGACAGAAAAGUUAUACACCUCAGACUAUCUUGGAACAAUCACAUUGAUAAACAAUCCCACCGAAAGCAAAGUUCCUAAAAAUAAUAACGAAGAACAAGAGCUCUCUCACCUAGCAAUGUUAAAUCCCUUUAUGUAGUUCUAGUUAGAUCACACUGUAUUCAAGCCUAGACUCCGCUGGCAAUCUAUUUCAGAAAUAUCAUACAAAAUGAAAUACUUCUACUCGAUCUAACUUAAGGGCCUGUUUACAUGGAGGUGGGGGACCCCAGGUAGAUGAGGUAACCCGCCUGUCCAUAUAAUCUCUCAUUUUAAUGUGAUCACGUUUACAUGAUAGGAGGGGUGACCUGAGUCGGUAAGUGUGACGAGAUUAUAAACUCGCUUCGAGAGGAAAAAGAUGGUGCUUAGUUUGAUUAUAGGGAGUUUAAGAUACCACGACGGCGACGGCCACGAAAAAGUCUCUCAAAAAGUGAAUUUGCGUUCUUUUAAUCUCUAUCGCGAUACUUCAACUCAUUUACUUUGUCAAAUGCAAGCAAACUCUUUUUGAGCCGAAUAAAACGUGAAAUUAGGCAUUUUCUCGUCAUAGUCGUGCAGUGACGGCAAAGAAAUGUACAAAAAAGCCUGCUGUACGUGCAGAAUUGUUGUUUUGCCUAUUCAAACUAUUGCUUUUCUUACGUUCUCGUUGUCGUCGCCUUCGUGGCAUCUUAAAGUCCCUUAUAUUAUAGCCUUACCCCCUAAACGUAUUCAAGAUUGAGAAGCAGCCAUUCCUGUAUUAAUUCUGUUGCACAGUGUCAACGCUUUAUUGCUAUCUUAUUUUUCCCUUCAAGUUUUUUCCAGUAAUAACUUUCAAAAAUACCAAGAUCUACCAACCAGUGGAGCUGUUGAUGUUGAGCAGUUCACUAUUAAUGGCAGCCAGUUUCUUGCCUUCGCCAACUCUAGAAGUGAUACCGAUGGAUUCAACACAGAAUCAUUCAUCUAUAAGAUGAACUUUACUGAAAAAUUCUCCCUCUACCAAACUAUCAAUACUAUGGGAGUAACAGAUAUGGAAUAUUUUACAAUUGCUGAUACACAUUACCUUGCUGUUGCCAAUUUCGAAUCUGGAUUUACACCGAGACUGAAGCUAGUUAUUUAUCGGUGGAACGGACUAUUUUUUGUUGUAUUUCAAAACAUUACGACGUAUGGAAAUGGAACAGCAGACUUGAAUUUCUUCAAAAUAGGGACUGAACCGUUUCUAACGAUUGUAAAUCUGAACUAUGCCUAUAAUGAUUAUUGGAUAGAAUUAGAAAUCUGUAAGUGGAGAAACAACUCGUUCGAUCUGUCUGAGGUAACAGGAAUGCGAGCAUAUGCGCUCUAUGGAGAUUCCACGGAAUUUGUAUUUAAGAAUGAAACGUUUAUUGUUAUGGUCGCGGGUAAUCAUUUGUAUUUGUUCAAGAGGUUAGGGGGAGGGUUCCGCCUAUUAUCACCUGUCAGACCUAUACAAUUGACGUAUGGAGCACGAGAUGUGAAGUCGUUUAAAAUGAAUGGUCAAAUAUUCUUUGCAAUUGCAAACUUUGAAGAUGGAACGAAACCCAACAUUUUGAAGUGGGAUGAAAAUGGGUUUGUCCUAUACCAGACACUUUUUACUACUGAAGCCAUUGCCUGCCAUCCAUUUGUGAUGUACAGUCAAAACUUCCUGGGUGUAGUCGAUGCUCAUGGAAAGUCAUUUGUGUAUCGGGCCAUUGGAUCACGGUUCUUCAUGUUUCGAGAACUUUCAACUCCGGGGGCUCAUGGUAUGACGUCAUUUGUGCACGGUGGUCACACCUACCUCGUUGUUGCAAAUACUAAAUCUGAAGAAAAGUUCAAUAUUAACAGCACAGUAUACAAGUUUAAUUAA